AUUGGACCUAAAAAGGACAAAAGGGAGCCAGAACUUUCUCCAAUCUUUGACUGCUACUCACUGGAAGGAAAUGAGGCAUUGGCUAUGACAGCUGAUGUUAAGCAAUUGGAAAGUUGGGUACUGUCAGAAGCUGAGAAGUAUGCAACUUUAAUUGAGCAAAGGCAUCACUUAGAACUAGAUGCUUUUGCAGAACAAAUGAGAAUCAAAGAUGAGAAAUUAGAAACAUUUCGUUGGUAGUUGAUGAGCAUGGAACUAGAAUCAAAGCGGCUACAGUCCCAUAUUGAGGGAAUGAAUGAGGAUAUGUCGCAGCUCAGACAUGAUAAUAUGAAAUUGGAAGCCUUGUUAUUGGAGAGAGAAGAAGAAUUAACUUCCUUAAAAGAGCAACUAGCAUCACAAUUGAAGGCCCUAAAUUGCCAAAAUACUAAUUUAAAUUGUUCUGUACAUAGUCCAGUAAUAGCCCAUGAGACCAUUGGCUCUGAAGUUAUCAAUAAGAGAAAACAGAAUGAGAGAGAGCAAGAAACAAGGACUCCAAAUUCGGAGGAUUUGUGUCAAGAGGAAGAUGCUGAGAAAGAAGAAGGAAACUCAUCCUUUAACCAGUCCAAGGAUGUAGGUUUAAUAGCCCAUGCUCCUGAAAAAGUGUUAGAAGAUGAUAAGGAAAUUGCCAAUGAGGGUCCUGUAAAAGAGGGAAGAACAAGUCCAGUGGAUAUUGAUGUUACUGAAAACCUGGCAUCAUCUAGUCAACCCUUGAAUAAGACAAACAAUUCUCCUUGGAGGAUGGAUCUUCAUGCUCUUCAAGUUUCUUAUAAGAUCAAAAGGCUGAAGCAGCAACUUCUAAUGCUUGAGAGACUGACAGGGAAGCAAGAAAGCCUUGAAGAUACAGAAAGCAAUGAUAAUGGGCAAAUUGGUAUCAAGAGUUUCCUUGCAUUGAUGUCUUUGCUGAAUAAACAAGUUGGCAGGUACUAGUCCAUUCAAGAGAAGGCAGAUGACCUUUCCAAACGCAUGGUAAGCUUGGAUUAAUUCAGUAAAGUUCAAAAAACUAUGACAAUAAAAUUGACUUUUGGCAAUUCACUGUUCUCAACACUUUGAUAGUUGCAAAAUUUCAACCAUCUCUUUUAAAUAUCGGUGCUUCUGUUUGGCUUCAAUUAGGGCCUAACACACUAUAUGACAUUCUCAUUGGCCUCUCUUUUGGCAGUUUAAAAAUGUAGUCAUUUACAUAUGGUUUCUUAUUUAUAUUUUUCAGCAUGAGCAUAAUCUAACUGCGAGUGGUGGACAUUCUAGUACAGCAAGACCAAAGGAAGAAACUAAAGCACUACAAAAAUUCCUAGACGAAACAUUUCAGCUGCAGAGACACAUAGUUGCAACAGGACAGAAAUGGGUGGAAAUUCAAUCCAAGAUUGCUUCUGGAUUUGUUGGGGUCACUGAAGAAAUAAAUAAGAUUGCCAGCUUUGACAUGAAAUGCUUUGCUGAUAGUGUCAGAACUCUCUUUCAGGAAGUUCAAAGGGGCCUUGAGGUUCGGAUAGCUCGAAUUAUUGGAGAUCUUGAGGGGACAUUGACUUGUGAGAGGAUGAUACAUUUAAGGAGGUAGUGA